AUGUCUCCACCCAUCCGUCUCGCGCUCUUGGUGUGCGAUACUCCUCUUCCUGCUAUUGUUGCCCAGCACGGUGACUAUCGUGAUGUGUUCCGGCGUCUCUUUAUCGACUCCCUUCCGCCACACCGCAAGGACGAUCUUAUACUUGAUGCGUACGAUGUGGUGAAGGAGAUGUCAUAUCCUCCCCCUGACGAGGAGUACGGCGGCGUUGUGCUCACCGGAUCAGCGGCCUCUGCAUAUGAGAACGUGGAAUGGAUCAAUGGGCUGGUCGCAUACAUGGCCGAACUCAUCGAGACAAAACCACAAGUCAAGAUCUUCGGCAUCUGCUUUGGGCACCAGAUAAUCUCCCGCGCACUCGGGUCCGAUUGCGUUCCCAAUGACGGUAAAUGGGAAGUCGGAGUCACACCCGUCGAACUCACUGAGACCGGAAAACAACUCUUUGGCGAUAAGAGCACUCUAAAUAUACACCAGAUGCACCGCGAUCACGUACCUUCCGUGCCUACUUCAUGCCAGCUGCUUGCCACAUCAUCAAUUUGUCUGAACCAGGGCUAUAUCCGCUACACUCCCGGCUCCGUGUCGAAAGACAUUAGAAAUAUCCAGAUUUUUACCCUGCAAGGUCACCCAGAAUUUACCGCAUCAAUAUCCAAUCUGGUCAUCACGGCACGGAGCUCCACGGGAGUGAUACCGAAGGAUCUGGCAGAGGAUGCCGAGAAGAGGAACAAAGAGUUACAGAGUGACGGAGUGUCGGUAGUGGGUAGGGCUAUCUGGGCGAUACUAGGUGUCGAGUGA